ACUUCCCAUUGGAAACACAGCUACUUUAAUUUUUUUUCUUCUACACAUUGGAAAUCAUAAUGGAACGUUGGCAAGGUCGUGUCGCUGUAGUUACUGGUGCUAGUUCAGGCAUUGGCGCUGCCACAGUCAAGGAUUUACUUAAAGCUAAUCUCGUUGUGGUGGGACUUGCCCGCCGACUGCAGCAUAUGGAAGAAUAUAAAGCUGAAUUGCCAGCUGAACAACAGAAACGGUUCCAUCCUUAUACAUGCGAUGUAACAUCACAGGAAUCGGUUGAUCAAGCAUUCAAUUGGAUUAUCAACGAAUUGGAUGGCGUUGAUAUAUUGGUGAAUAAUGCCGGCGUUUUUAAAACGGGUCAAGCUGUUACUUUGGAUCCUGUAGAGCUACAACAAGUUGUACAAACCAAUAUAAUGGGUGUGGUUUAUUGUACACAACGCGCUUUUAAAUCGAUGAAGGAACGCAAUUUUGACGGACAUGUGGUGAAUAUUAAUAGCGUUGCGGGUCACUCGGUAAUACCAAAUAUGAAUGUGUAUCCAGCGACUAAGCAUGCAGUAACAGCUAUUACUGAGGUAUAUCGCCAGGAAUUUAGAGGAUUGCAGACAAAAAUUAAAAUUACGGUGAGUAUACAGAAAAGUGGGGGGAAAGAUAAAUUAUUAAAGGGUUCAAUGAUCUUUACCAGUGUUACCAGAUGUGUCAAAAAAAAGAGCGUUAGCCCAGGUUUGGUCGAUACCGAAAUCGUUCCGGAGUAUUAUAAAAAAUCCGCUCCACCAAUGUUGAAGCCAGAAGAUGUUUCUAGCUGCAUUUUGUUCACCCUUUCGACACCGCCACACAUGCAAGUCCAUGAGAUCACGGUCUUCGUGGAUCCACGUAUUGCUAAGAAACCUCCCGAGGUCCUGUGGUUGAAUGCCAUAUAG